UUUCCAGUCAGGUCCAAGUGGAGCCACCUCAAGCUUUGUCUCAAGCUUCUGCAGAACGUGGAAGUCAUGAAGAUGAAGAGGCUGAAGUCCAUCAAAAGCAGAGAACUCCAGUAAAGACACUGGAACCAUCAGUGCCUGUUGCAGCGCUGGAUGAGGAGGAAGGGGAUACCUGUGCCAUCUGCUUUGAGCAGUGGACGAACGCUGGGGACCACCGCCUCUCUGCAUUGCGAUGUGGCCACCUGUUUGGUUACACCUGCAUCGAAAGGUGGCUGAAGGGACAGGCAGGGAAGUGCCCCCAGUGCAAUAAGAAAGCAAAACGUUCUGACAUUGUGAUCCUGUAUGCUCGCACUUUGAAAGCGCUGGACACCAGUGAACAGGAACGCAUGAAAAGCUCUUUAGAAAAGGAGCAAAUGUUGCGGAGACAGGCGGAGCUGGAGUCUGCACAGAGCCGUCUCCAGUUGCAGGUUUUGACGGAUGAAUGCAGCAAACUCCGCAAGCAAGUCCAGGAGCUGAAGGCUCUGGUGGCCCAGCACAACGUGAGUGCUUCUCAGCAAGCUGGCAGCUCCCGUGCCUGCCUGCCAGGCAGCCUUCCCUCCAGCCAAAGCCAGCGCAAGUACCACCUGGAGAAGGUUUUUGUGGUGUCUCAGACUGGGAACUGCAGAGUGAUGGCAUACUGUGACUCGCUGAGUUGUCUCGUGGUAUCACAACCUUCUCCACAGUCUACUUUUAUUCCUGGUUGUGGUGUUAAGAUGAUGAGCGUGGCCAAUCUGAAGAGCAGCCAGUACAUCCCCAUCCAUAGUAAACAGAUUCGGGGCCUGGCUUUCGGCAGUCGAGCGGAUGGUUUGCUCCUCUCUGCUGCUCUGGACAACACCCUCAAACUUACCAGCUUGGCAACAAAUACUGUGGUGCAGACCUACAACGCUGGCCGUCCUGUCUGGAGCUGCUGCUGGUGUCUCGAUGACACAAACUACAUCUAUGCGGGAUUGGUCAAUGGCUCCAUCAUGAUAUAUGAUUUGAGAGACACGAACUCUCACGUCCAGGAACUAGUCCCUCAGAGGUCCAGGUGCCCCAUGGUGUCGCUGUCCUACCUGCCCCGGAUGGCCUCAGCAUCACUGCCUUACGGUGGAAUAUUAGCUGGGAACUUGGAAGGAGCCUGCUUUUGGGAACAGAAAGCUGCCAAUUCCUACCGACCUCAUCACCUGCCACUGGAACCAGGAGGAUGCAUCGAUAUCCAGACAGAGAUCAGCACACGGCACUGCCUCGCGACGUACAGGCCCAGUAAGAAUAACCCGUGUGUGCGUUGUGUGGUGAUGGAGCUGACUUGCAGCCCGCUGACAGAGGCCUCUGAAGACGUGGUGUGUUCUUCUAACCCGGUUCAGACUUUCAGUGUGGGCCCCACCUGCAAGUUGCUGACCAAGAAUGCCAUUUUCCAGAGCCCGGAGGAGGACGGCAGCGUCUUCGUGUGUGCUGGCGAUGAGGCAUCUAAUUCUGCCCUGCUAUGGGAUGCUGGCAGUGGCUCCUUGCUGCAGAAGCUGCAGGCUGACCUGCCUGUCCUGGAUAUCUGCCCCUUGGAAGUGAACCAAACCCACUUCCUGGCUACUCUGACUGAGAAGACGGUGAAGAUCUACAAGUGGCAGUGAGCCUGGUCCCCGUGCCUGCUGCAGAGAAGCUUUCCAAAUGUGCUGCUCACUAACCCUACCCAGCUGCUCAGCCCCAGACUCUGCUGUCCUG